AUGAAUUCAUCCAAUCUUACAAAUGCCACAAAUUCUACAUACUCUGAAGAUUAUCAUGUCUACUUCAUGGUAGAAGCGUUUUCCAUCAUGGUUUUGUUUGUACUUGCUAUAGCAACAGUUAUUAGCAAUGGCGUGUUUCUGUUUACGUAUUACAAAGACCCGCUCCAGUGUCUUCGAACUCCGUCGGCGAUCUUCAUCGCUGGCUUGACAAGCGCCAAUUUCCUGACUGGUUUGAUCGUGGAGCCAGCUUAUGUGGUGUUCUAUCUCUGGGCCUACACCUCCGAUUCAGAAGACGUGUGGAAAUUUCUUCGCUUCGCUCAAGCUUUUUCAUUUUUCACUAUGAACGCAUCCUUCCUCAUUAUGUUAGGACUGGGGAUUACUCAGUAUUUACUGAUUAACAGCCCCAGAAUUUACGACAAGUUCGUAAGCCCAAAAUCUGCGCGCAUCGGAGUGGUUUUCAUUUGGAUUUAUGCAAUAUUUUUCGCAUUGCUGCCUGAAAUGUUUGAUGUUGAUGACUUCGCCUACAUCUUGACGGACUUGAUACUGCAUGUAACACUGUUGACUAUUGCCCUUCUAGUACUGUACAUAGCCAUUUACUUACAGUUCCGUAAGCUGGCUGAACGACAUCGAAAUGCUGAUUUAGGGGAAAAUGCAGGACAGGAAGGACUUCCUGCAGAAGCUAAUGAGUCAGAACUGCGGAGACGACAGGCUGAAAAAGAUUUUGUGUAUGGAACAUUGAUCUUGACAGCAAUGUUGAUCAUAACUGUUUGGCCAUUCUGUAUAACUUUAGCCCUAGUGCUGUUCAACUUUACAUUGAACGGGUAUAUUGCAUUGAUGAUUGCCCAGCUUUUCCUGUUGUGGAAGUUUGCCAUGGAUCCUUUUGUUUUUGCCUGGCGUUUAAGGAAGUUUAGGAAGUCACUGAUUCUUGCAAUGCAGAGAACCUGUUGCUGUCCAAACCCAUCAUUGCUGGGAGCUACAUAUAUCAGGCGGGAUGAGGUACCAAGUCCCAAACCAGAGGAUGAUGAUGAUGAUAUGGAGGUGACAGUCAUAGAAAACAGAGAACAAGAUCAUGGAGCUAAUGCAUAAUUCAAGUACUAUUUGUAAACUGAAAUUGUAGGGAUAGACAAAGCAUGUCAACAGGUUUCCAAUAAACCCUUUGGCCAGUUAGAGUGACUAGCAUCUAUCGGUAAUUUUUCCCUACAAUAUCACCCCUAAAUCAAACAUUAACAUCACAAGAUGAGGAAAUGACCACCAACUAAACAAGCCUUUGAUUGUAAAAAAAAUUGUCCUUGUGUAGGUCAUACUGGGGUAAGUGAGGUAAGUGAACCCAUUGUAAUUUGGUCAUAAAAGCCUAUACGAGAAGAUGUGAAAGGAGAGUAGCAAAAGGGGGGGGGGUCCUGAUCCCAUUUAUGCACAAAUCUUAGAAAAAUUCCAAAUCACAUAUACUUUUAACAGCAUUUUAUACAUUUCAAAUUCAAAAGGGUGAAUUUCAUAGCUCUCUUCUUGGAGCAAAGUUUCAGGGAAAUGUUGAGGCUUUCACAAAAUGAAAAAAAAAAAACCAGGGUUCACAUAUCAUGUUUGACUUAAUUUUGGCUUUAAUCUCACAUCACAUCUAGACCCUUUGCUACCCUCUCAAAGUGGACCCCUCAUAUGACGGCUUGACAACAUAGUAAAUCACAGACAAACUGACCCUUUCACUUCCAAGAAAUAUCAACAAAUGAUUGUCCCUUUGCUUUAUUACAUUGUUCUUUAGAGAGGUGACGAGGAGAAAGAGAAUAAUCAAAAUAGAGGAUAUUGCUUGAUUCAUCACUAAUUUGUCAGCUUUGGAAUCAUAAGAAAUGUGUUACACAAAGUAAAUAGAAUUGAUAUUGAAAUCUUGGAAGUGAAAGGGCUUCUAUGUUUAUAAUUUAGGAAGGUAAGGAGAUAGUUAUAAGAGAAAAGUAGAUUUUAGUUUUUCAUUGGCUCUGUGAUAAGCAAUUUGAUAUAUAGGUAAUGCUGUCUUGCACAUUUUAUGCAAUAGUUUUGCAUAUAAAGGAUCAAGUAUCCACAAUUAAGUUUUGAAGGACUGUUAACUUACUACUGAGUGGAACUGUAGUUUAAUUUAAAAUAAGCUGUGUCUAAAGUGACUGGAACUCGAUCUUUGUCUUCUAUCAGUUCAUUUUUGUAGAGGUUUACCUUGAGGAUACUUAAGUACUUUUAUACUUCUUAAAGAAGGAAAUGAAUUUUUAAGCCAUACACAGCAAGCAAAACUAUAAAGGUAGUACAAACAGAGCUUGUCAUUAAGUAAUAAUGAUAAAUUUGAUCAGGUAUUCUGAUUAGUUAAUCAAUCAAUCCUCAACAGAAGUGAGGGUUUAACAUUUUCAAUUGCUAUAGCUUUGCAGUUUAAGAGGUUUGUAAUCAAACAUUGCAUUACAUAUGUUUUAGAGAUUGCAAAAUCAUUGCAAAUUUUUCAUAACUGGCAAAAGUAAUGUGUGCCUACAAUUGUCAUUUUUUUACCUUUUUAUUUGCUGUAAUUUAAGUGGAAGGUCACUGAAACUAAUCAUGAUGCUAGAGCUAUAUGUUUUUCCUUUGAUUUCUCACUGGCUCCUUGCAAAAUAUGCUCCUGAUUAGCCAUGAUUAUUACUUAGGUUUUGGUGUACACUCACUUUAAAAGUGCCCUUUGUCAUGCAAUAUAGCAAGUUUACCCAGAAAAUAAGGUAGCUUUGCAUCCUUUUGGGUCAAUGGAUGUUUUUGUAAAAACACUAUCAGUUUUUUUUCUCUUUUAUUGGUGCAUAUCAUGUUUUGGGGCAGUCAUAUUAUUCAGAUAGAUGUAAUGAUAUUAGUUAAACAACCGCGAGUUGAGACUGCCACUAUUAAGCUGCAGCAAGGAAUAGUUAUUGUUAAAACUUAUGAAAUUAUUUAAAUUAUAUUGUAGUCCUUAUGUAGUCCUUAUUUUAAGAAAGGGCUAAGGUGAAAUUAAAAGGUUAACUGUUUAGAAUGGAAUAGAAUCUCUUAGUCAUGUACACUGUAGUCUCAAGAUCAGUGAUAGUCUCUUCCCAUUUGAUUUCAACACUUUUCCCUCAAAAGGAGUUUGGAGAAUUUGGUUUUAUAUCAAGCUUAGUAGAGAUUGCACCAUCUAGCUGGCCGGUUUGCCUAUCUCCAUCAACUGUGCAGUGGAAUAAUUUCUUGUAAUUGUUGGGGGAAGUGAGAUUUUCAUCACUCCUGUGGUUUAAAACGUAAGUAGAUGAGAGACAACCAUUGGAAAGAAGCUGCUUGAUAGAGUUUAAAAUUUUUAACAGAAGUUUGUGAGAAAUCAUUAAAAAUGCGGUAGAAAAAUUGUAUGCUGUCGUCGGAAGUUUAACAAUUUUCAGACAAGGAACGAUUUCGAAGCUUAAGGUAUGUCGUCCCUUCUCUUAAGCCGUCAGUCCCGUGGGAUCCUGGGAACUAGGUAACCUGAAAAAAAUAAGCAACAUAUGCCAUCCCUUAGUUUUGAAGGUUUUCAUGGACUCAAAGAACCACCCAAGAAUUCGGCUACUAUUAGUGAUGGCUGUCGAUCUUGUUAAACACAUCGGAGGUUGUCAUUGUGGCAAAGUUCGCUUCGAGAUCUUAGCUAAACCCGUGCUGAAGGCUUGGAAAUGCAAGUAAAUGUUCCUUUUUACUGAAUUUGUUUUACAUGGUUUAAUGAACAAUUUGUGAUUAUGAGCUCGACAGUCGAGGAGUAGGUAGCAAGCUGCGAAGCCAAUUAAAUUGCACUAUUCGUGAUAUUUAUACGAAAAAUCCAUAUGUUUGACACUAACUUACAAGUGUUUUCAUUAGUUGCACCAUAUGUGUGAAGAAAGGGAUCACACCUGUUCUUGUUCCUGAAGAAAACUUUAAACUUCUCCAGGUAUAUAAAAUUAUGGAUCCAACAUAUCUUUCACACGUUUGUUAAAUUUGAGUAUGCAGUGUUUGUAGUGUAUAACUCAAUUGUAAAUACAUAUUUUUCUGAGAUAUGAGGUGAACACGACGUCAGGGCUGUGUGAGUUGAUACAUUUUUAAUCAACAAGUUUUCAACAAUAAAACUGUCAUCACCUACUUGUGAUAAAAAGGAUGAUCUCCUGUCCUGACUCUAUUCAUCAAGCCUAUUACAUGCAUUAGACUUACUAUGAAAAUCUGAUUGGUUAAGAACAUUCAAUCAAUAUACAAUAGUGUGUGACUUUGACAUAAAAAUGAAAUAUCUGCAGCAGAUAUUGCAUUUAUCAAGUUGAGUUUAAAUUCUGCCUAGUUAGCAAGCCUUUAGUCCUUGUAGUGUUCUUAAACUUUUUUUCAGUGUUUUGUUGCAGGUUGUUUAAAAAAUGUUAAAUUUGUUUUUCACUUGAUAUCAUGAAUUAUCAAACCUUGUGUCUGUGUUAUCUGCCUCAGCCUUUGGCUUUGGCAGAUAAGUCUGCCACCUCUGCUUUGAUAAUUCAUGAUAUGUUCAACCUCAUCCAAUUAUUGCUUGUUAAUGCAAAUCUGAUUUUACUGCAACUGGUGUGCUGAUUCUCCCUGCCCAAUUGGCAUUUUGGUGAUUCAAUGGUUAUGAGUUUGUUUUUCUUUUGUUUUUAGGGUGAAGGCCACAUCUCUUGUUACACUUAUAACACCCAUCAAGCUAAACACUAUUUCUGUACAACAUGUGGAAUUCAUGCAUUCUAUCGACCUCGCAGUAAUCCUAAGGCUUAUGGCAUUUCACUGCAUUGUCUGGAUGGAGGAACUGUACAAAAAAUUGAUACAGUCGUUAUUAAUGCCCUUGACUGGGAAAAUUGGGAAAAGUACUUGAUGGAACAUCCAGAUGCCUCAAACUACACUGACAAUGUGCAGUAGCACUAAGAGUCAGGGGUUGGGGGCAAUAAAAGGGAACUCUGGAUGGAAAUAUACCACCAUGGCCUUAGCUGACUAUUGACUAUAAGACUUCUGGUCCAGAAAGACUUCCUUUUCAAGAGGCUUAAGAAUCAUUGUUUUGGUAUUAAGCCAAAUUCUUUUAACUUCUUCACAAGGAGUGACAGUUGAGCUGCCAAGAGGGUAAAUUGGCAACCUGAUUGUACAACUCUAAGGGUUAAGGGGCUAGAUUUUAUACCCUGCUUUUUUUCUUGAGUCUUUUGAGUAUCAAGAACCAUAUAACCAUGUCUGUUGUUACAUACUCAUUCAGGCAGUAUUAUAGGUUGCACCCCUUGAGACUGUUCCAUGGGAAAUGUUCAGGAGGUAGUUAGGAGUUGAUAAGAUUUGCCUAUAGUGUUCAAAUCUACAACAACCUCAUGAUGUGCUGUUAUAGUGCUGCUACUUAGCUGUGCGAGGCCAAAGAAUGAUAUCAAAUUUGUUGUAUGUAAAUUAUUUGAAUAUCAAACAGUAUUUUCAUUGUUUAUAUAGUUGGAGGUGAUUAUUUAUUUUAAGCCACACUCUGAGAAGAAGACUCUGAUACUGUUACUGAUAGCUAUUAGUUUUUGGGUCUCUGGUUCCCCACGUGAUCACUUAAAUGCUGGCUUACCAUCUGUACAUUGAUGUGAUAUUUUUUUAAAAUUGGUUUUAGAUGUUUGAAAAUAAAUAAUACUUGGACAAAAAUGUUCUUUUCACUUUGUUUUAUGUACAGGGUAACAGAUGGAAGUACUGUAUUUUGUUGAAAAAAUUGCAAAAACUCAAUACCCUUUUGAGCAAGAAAAAGGUAUUUUUUGGUUAUUGUUUUUAAGUUACAAGACCUAAAUUUUCAUUUUGCUGAAGUUGAUUUCCCCUCAGGAAAGAAAUUAUCACUUGUAUGUACAGCUAUUAGACCUAUGUUUGUGAACUUUUUUUAAAAAAAAAUUUAGUUUUCCCCUUCUAAAGUUUGCAAAUUUGAAGUAAUUUGUUUAAAACUUAUAAUCAAUUCAUAACCCAAGUUUGUAAAUUAUUGACUGAAGUUGAUUUGAACAAGAUGUCAUGAUCUUGCUUUUAAGCCUCCCCUCCCCUACCCACCCCAAACGUUCCCAGCCUCCUCUCCCCUUCCUGCUGCGCCACCUUCUCAGUUCUUGCCACAUUUUGACGUCAUCAGUGAUCUCUUACAGACCAGGCAACACGGUAUCUGUUAGAUAUACCUUGGUGGCAAAAUGAAAAUUAGAUAGGACAAGCGCGGUGUGCUGUAUUAUAAAGGAUUUUUGAAAAUUCACGAUGAGUCGACCAGCUUCCUUAAGACAGAAGAGAUAAGAAACAAUCCGCAAUUCAGUUAAACAAUGUACUGCUGCGAAAUUUUCUAUUCAAAGCAAUUUCAAAUUCUUUUAUUUUAUUUUCGUCUUUUUAAUAGAGCAAAUUACUCUUUACAUCCUACUUUUCACCUAAUUCAAAUCACGUCAAGGAACGCCUGCGUGAAAACAGCUAUAACUUCAGUCAACAAGUAAUUUCGUUGCGUGACUUAUUUUAGCUAAAACAGAUUGCGUGAGUUACUAGUGGCCCGGAUGCAUAGCCAACGUAAACUAGUAACCGAGGCGAAGAAUUUUGAGGUGAGUCCUCCUAAUUUCUUGUAAAUCAUGUCUACUGAUCUUGUUAAACACACCGGAGGAUGUCACUGUGGAAGAGUUCGCUUCGAGAUCUUAGCUAAACCCGUGCUGAAGGCUUACGAUUGCAAGUAAGAGGACGCUAUUUUUAAGUUUUUUUAGAUUUGACAUGUAACGGAGUGGGUUUUGUACAUAAUCUACCUCUAAUUUUUUCAUAAUUGUCAUCAGCUGUACCAUUUGUGUGAAAAAAGGGAUGCUUCUCGUCUGUCUCCCAAAGGAAUAUUUCAAACUAACGCAGGUAUGAAGAAUUUCACUAGUGCAUCAUGCAAAGUGACCGGUUGACAUAAUUAGGUAAGCCCCAACUCCACCCCCAAUACAAGCCCCCUAGAGGGGUUCCUCCUGGAGAUUACCCCUUUCAUUAAGUUUUUUUUAAACUCGAAGUAUUUUCUGUGUUGUUGUUUUAUUUCCAUGGCAAAAUAAGCUAUACUUGAUAAAUUCCAACUCUCUUUGCACAUAACAAUCUUGUGAUUGUACCAGGGGUAUUCUCUGCAACUAAAGCGUGAUUCUCAUGCCCACAGAACGUCAGAACAGCCUUGACUACAACAUUUUUUCAAAACUAGUUCAAGCAUCAUUGCCUUCAACAAAUCAUAUAGAGAUAAUUCUUUUAAAGUGAUUAUACUUUCACAAGAACCUUGGAUGUUCAUAGGGAGACUAUUUAAAGUCAGGUUCUCAGUCACCAUAAACGAACAAAAAAGCAAGCAAGCAAAAAUGGGUGGGGGUCUGGAAAGGAGUGAAAAAGGAUGUGUAAGGGGGCAAGGGGAGAGUCCUUUCUUUCCUCUUGAUAGUCCUUUCCCCCCCCCCCCUCCCUUGUAAUAUCUCUUGGUUGCUUUUAAAUUCAAUCCCUUAUCAUCCCUACAUUGUCAUCAUUCUCAUUAUUUUCUUUUUCUUCCAAGGGAGGAGAGCAUAUAUCCUGUUACACUUUCAACACCCACCAAGCUAAGCACUACUUUUGCUCCUCUUGUGGCAUCCACCCAUUCUACCAACCUCGCACUAAUCCUGAGGCACGUGGCAUUUCACUGCAGUGUUUGGAUGAAGAAGAAACUAAAAAGAAAGCAGAAGUUGUUCCAUGUGAUGCUACAAACUGGGAGAAGUGGGAACAGUACCUUAAUGAACAUCCAAAAGCCCGAAAUCUCACUGAAAAUGUGGAGUAGUAUUCAAUUUUAAUUAAUUCAGUUGUUGAUGAAUUAUCAUCAACAGCUUACUGUUUGCUGACAUACAACUUCCUGUUAACCCAUUCAUUAUCAAGAUCUCAUCAGUAAUUCUCUUUACUGCAUGCUAUACAAUUCUCAUGAAUCAAUGACAGAAUCUGACCAACUGUGCACCUACCCCUCCCCAAACCCAACUUUAACCCUAACUUGUAAUCAGUUGACUGUUGCUGUUGCUGUGUGGGUGGUGCACAGUGCUCACAUAUUGACUUUGACCCAUUCUUGUGUUAGUUUGGAGGGGUAAACUCCUUGUACAACCAAGUUGUAAAGGAAAGAUAAGUUAACAGAAAUCUCAACACAAGAAAUACUGUGUUAUAUUGUAUAAUUUGCGUGUACAAUUUAACAAAAAUAUAUUUAACGUAGCAGGUAACGUAGCAGCAUCUGCAGAAUGCCACAGGCCUGCUGGCACGGACAUCAUCUCUGUUAAUUUUGAGGGAAUAUUACACUAAAUACUUACAAUACUAAGUUUUGUUAACUUUGGAACUGUUUAAUGUACUCAUAUGGUCAUUUGUGAUCAAUUUAAUGGAACAGGUUCAGUAUAGUGUAGAUGGUAUAUCGUUAUGCGGUAAUUUGGUAGGAAGACCUGUGUCAGUCAUAUUGGCAGUAUGUGUAUUGAAUUUAUAGCAAGUUACUUAGGGUUGUCAUUACCCUAGAGAGAGAAAAAGCAUGCGCUAUGUUGUACAGGAGGUGACAUUCACGAUGAAUCCAACUGCUUCCACCUAGGAAAGGAGAUUAGAAACAAGUCCGAGCUUAGAUAACAAAUGUGUUGCAGCGUUGUCCCCAACCAGGUGAAUUACAAAACAUAAAUUUCCCAUUAAAUGCUGCUCAUCACCCAGGUCACAGUCGCGUCAAUGAAUAACGUCUUAAAAAUAGGCCAUUUAAACUUCCGGGAUUGGCUUUACAGUUGAAAAAAGAAUCACUAU